AAACCUUUCCCUCCUCUCUUUCACACCUACUUCACUCCGCUCUUUCCCGCUAUGUACGGACGCCCCUCUGCCGGCGGCAUCCGCUGGGAUUCUCAGCAGCCACCUGCGCAGGCGCAAGCGCAAGCGCAGACGCAGGCGCUGGCGCUGGCACAGGCACAGGCGCAAGCGCUGGCACAGGCACAGGCACAGGCACAGGCGCAAGCGCUGGCACAGGCGCAGGCGGGCUCACUUCCAAAUCCCAAUUUCUUCCUCCAAAACCCCAACUUUUACGUCCAAGACCCCACCUUCCUUCACCACCUCCUCCUCCAAAACCAAAGCUUCCCGGUCCAAAACCCUGGCUUUCCAAUGCAAAACACUUACUUCCCUACCCAAAACCCUAACGUACCUGUCCAAAACGCUAACGUACCUGUACAAAAUCCUAACCCUAGCCCGCCUCCGCAGAAGCUACCCAAUCAAAGGCCCGAGGCCCCGAGUGCCUCGAAGGACCCUUACUUCCCUACCCAAAACCCUAACCCUAGGCCCCCUCCGCAGAAGCUACCCAAUCAAAGGCCCAAGGGCCCGAGUUCCUCGAAGAACUGUAAUGAGCUUCUCGAGCAGGUGGACUGCGCCGUCGCCGAGGCUCGCCGAAAGAUUAUCGAGGCAGGAGAGAGCGUGACGUCGUGGAAAGUGUCUCAGGAUGCGCUGUUGAUGCUCAAGGUCGACUCGUGGAGCUCUCUAGGGUUUAAAAUGCAGGCGGUUCCAAAUCUUCACCGCCUUAUAGUCACGGAAGGGAAGAUAAAUGCAUUUAUCCAUUGCUUUGUUGGGGUCCGAAGAAUCACUUCAUUGUAUGAUUUGCAAGUGGAAAUCUGCAAGAACGAGGGUGUGGAGCAGUUUGAGGAGCUGGAAUUGGGUCCUUUGUUGCGACACCCACUUAUCUUGCAUUAUUUCUCAGUGAAAUCUGAUGUCACUGAGGUCUUUAAAAUAGUUGGUGAAGAGAUAAUUUCUUUCUUGUGGAAGUUCAUAUAUAGGAGUAAGAAUAAAGAAAUUAGGGUUGAAGAGUUUUUGGAUUUCAUUGCUAAGAAGCGAUCGGUUGCAGGCAAGGAAAAGCUUGGCAUACGAAUUCAAAGCUUGGGGAUGCAUAUUUCUGCUAUCCGAAAUGCGAGGAACUUAGAGAAUGGCACAUUACAGAAAUCUAUAGAGGGAUUGAAACGAGAAUCUGAUAAGAAAUACAGGAAGCGUCCUCUUUUUUCAUCACAGAAGAAACAGCUGGAUGAACGUUUCAGUUCCAUUUCCCAGCGCAUCAAAUCAUUUUCCUCAGAAAAGAAGGAUUUUUGUGGCAAACACACAAGAUUUGUUUCUUCAAGCUCAGAUGAUGAAAAUAGUGAUGAUUGUACUUCUGAAGAGGAAAGGAUUGACAGUGCCACAGGCAGCCACUUUAACUUGCCAUCACACAAUGUAAAAAGUUCUGACCGAGUGAGCAACUGUCCUUACCCGUCAGAAAUUGAAGAGAUGACACGGCUUGGGUUGAAAGCUGAAAUGCAGGGGCAUCCUUCUCCUACUAAUGGCAGCGCAAGGUACAACAUGAUGAGUGGAUCAUCUAAAAAGAGAAGAAAAUCUGAAAAUCUAAGUUCCACCAUGUCUGCACCCUCUGGAUCAUCUAAAAAGAAAAGAAAAUCUGAAAAUCUGGUAGAACUAGAUGUGCACCCAGUAGAUAAUUCCAAUGAGACAGGUGUUUUUAAAUACAUGAAUAGAGCUAAUCUUGCGGUUGUUUCUGACGACGCUCGAAGGAUGUUUAUAACAACCUGGAAGGAGGCAUGUCAGGAGGAUAACGUGUCUGAGGUUUUUGAGAGGAUGCUUCGAUUUUAUGGCUAUAAACUUCCGCGGCGAAAGAGAAUCAGAUCAAUAUGUUCAUCAUUCCCAUUUGUUGGAUUACUGCAUGUCGCUAUCUCUUCUAUCAAAUAUGGAAUGUGGGACAGUAUAUAUGAUACUUUUCAAGCCUUAAGUCAACAAGAUUUAACACAGACACGUAUGGAAAAAAAUUCUUUAUAUGAGAUCAUAGAUGUUGAACCAAGUGUUAAGGAUGCACCUGUCAUAGCUGAGUAUGAUGUGGAGCGCACACGAGGUGUUUCUGUUGAAGACAUUAUCCAGAAAGUAUCAACGUAUUUUCUGCCUGAUUAUGAAAUCAAGAGUUAUGCUAAAUCACUCCUAGAAAGGAGAAUUAUCCUCUUGAGGAAGCUUUAUAAUUGCGAGUUUUGGCUGGCAGAGCAAUUUAGAGUCGAGGCAUUCAAGUCUCUUGGUCAUGGGGAGUUUUUAAUGUUCGUAGAAAAACAUGCCUCUAUGCUACCUGAUGAGAUAUACAAGUUUUUAACAGGUGACAUAUGUGAAAAGUCACCUUUGGAGGUUCACAUGGUUCAGCAUCAGUUGGUUGUAUUAUUAUCACAGGCUUUAAAUGGCUUACGGGAAAAAGAAAUAAUGACUAAGCAGAUGAUUUCUUCACUACUUAUGAGGCAAUUCCCGUUGAUAAGUCUCAAAAUUUUGGAAAAUGGUUCCGUGGCAGAUUUUCUAGAUAUGGUGGGGAAGCAUAAGAAAAACUUAGUUUCUAAAGGUGUCCUAUUUUCUGUAACGUUAUUUGAAAUGUGUUAUGAUGGAAAUGAUUUAUUGGAAACCACCAAGGUGAGAACUGACAUCUGCCGGAAAACAGGAGCCCUUAAAUCGGUUACAUCCAGAGAUGCAAUUGAAGUUUUACUUAGGGCACCACUGAUGUCAGAUUUAAACUUAUGGUCACAUUGGGACCUGAUAUUCGCUCCCUCGCUUGGUCCUCUGGUACCAUGGCUGUUGAGUGAAGUCAACACAAAAGAGUUGUUGUGUGUUGUGACUAAAGAUGGAAAGGUCCUGCGCAUAGAUCACUCAGCUACUGUGGAUUCAUUCUUGGAAGCUGCACUUCUAGGAUCCCCUUUCCAAACAGCGUUGCAGCUCUUAUCUCUGUUCUCAUUAGUUGGGGGAGAAAAAUAUGUGCCCUUGUCCCUUUUAAAAUGUCAUGCACGGCAUGCAUUUGAAGUUAUUUUGAAGAAUUCUAUGGAGAGCAUGGAAGUAGAUGACAUUUGGAACUCUCUCAUGCAAGGAGACACUAGACUGAAAGUGGUUGACGAAGUUGCUACUGCUAAUUUGAGUAGUGAGUUACACAUAAAUUUGUGCAAAACGAAUAAAGCAGUGCCUGUUGUGUCAAGAUUUGUCCUUGAUUGUCUUGGCUAUUUGCCCACAGAGUUUCGUGGUUUUGCUGCUGAUGUUUUCCUUUCUGGAAUGCGAACUCUUAUCAAGGAUUCCGCUUCGGCAAUUAUGUGUGAAUGCAAUCGAACAGAUCAGCGUCUCAUGCUUCAUGAAGUAGGAUUGUCUCUUGGUAUAGUGGAGUGGAUUGAUGAUUAUCAUUCAUUUUGUUCUACUGAAGCUACUGAUUUGUUCACAUCUGGAAGUUCAUGCUUGAAAGCUGCUAGGCCUGAGAAUGGCAUAGGCUCUAAGAAUAUGCAAGAUGCAUUGGGUAAGUCUUCCACUCCUGAAGUGACUAUCAAUGAACCUGUUGUGGCAGAUGGUCAUGAUGAAGAAUGCACUAUAGUUGGUCGAUCAAUUGAUGGGUUAGAAGUUGUUGAUGAUAGAAUUGGCUGUAGUCGCACGCAAUAUUUGUCUGAAGUUGAUGAAUAUAAGAAUGCAGCCUUAGUCAUUGAAUCUAUCAGGCGGGAUGAAUUUGGUCUGGAUCCAAGUCUUUCUAGCACUGAAAGUAGCAUGUUGAAGAAGCAGCAUGCUCGACUUGGGAGAGCACUUCAUUGUCUUUCACAGGAGUUAUAUUCUCAAGAUUCGCAUUUUCUUCUUGAGCUGGUUCAAAACGCUGAUGAUAAUGAUUAUCCAGAAAAUGUGGAACCGACUCUGACAUUCAUUCUUCGAGAGUCAGAUAUUAUUGUUCUAAAUAAUGAGCAAGGCUUCUCUGCUCAGAACAUCAAAGCUCUUUGUGAUGUUGGAAACUCGACAAAGAAAGGAUCUAAUGCUGGAUAUAUAGGGCAGAAAGGCAUUGGCUUCAAAUCGGUAUUUCGGGUCACAGAUGCUCCAGAGAUUCAUUCUAAUGGGUUUCAUGUCAAAUUUGAUAUAAGUGAGGGCCAGAUUGGUUUUGUUUUGCCAACAAUAGUGCCUCCAUGUGAUAUUGGCUUGUUUAGUAGGUUGGCAUCUAGUGACACUGAUCGAUUGGAUGGUAAAUGCUGGAACACUUGCAUUGCACUUCCUUUCAGAUCAAGAUUAUCAGAUGGAGCAGUGAUGAACAGCAUUAUGACUAUGUUUUCAGAUCUUCACCCUUCUUUGUUGCUUUUUCUUCACCGACUUAAGUGUAUUAAGUUUAGAAACUUGCUCAACAAUUCAUUUAUCGUGAUGAGAAAAGAAAUCAUGGGGGAUGGCAUCGUUAGGGUUUCCCACGGAAAAGAGAAGAUGACGUGGUUUGUAGCAUCUCAGAAGCUGCAGGCAGAUGUCAUUCGUCGUGUUGUGCAAACAACAGAAAUCUCUGUAGCAUUUACAUUGCAGGAAUCAGUUGGAGAUUACAUUCCAAUUGUUGACCAACAGCCCGUUUUUGCAUUUCUUCCUCUAAGAACUUAUGGUCUGAAAUUUAUUCUCCAAGGUGAUUUUGUUCUUCCUUCAUCUAGAGAGGAAGUGGAUGGUGAUAGUCCCUGGAACCAGUGGUUAUUGUCUGAAUUUCCUAAUUUGUUUGUUGGUGCGGAGAGAUCCUUUUGCACUCUUUCGUGUUUUAGAGAAAAUCCAGGAAAAGCUGUGUCAGCUUUUAUGAGCUUUGUUCCACUUGUUGGGGAAGUUCAUGGUUUCUUUUCUAGUCUUCCACGGUUGAUUAUUUCUAAAUUACGAAUGUCAAACUGCUUACUUCUGGAUGGAGGCCAUGACAGAUGGGUUCCCCCAUGCAAGGUUCUAAGUGGUUGGAAUGAACAAGCUCGCUCUCUUCUUCCUGAUGCUUUGCUUAGUGAGCAUCUUGGCCUUGGAUUCUUGGAUAGAAAUAUAAAAGUGUCUGAUUCAUUAGCAAGGGCACUGGGUAUUCAGGAAUAUGGAGCCACAAUUCUACUUCAAUUUAUAUCCUCUUUAAGGCAUGUGGAAAAUGGCAUCAAAUCAAUGGGCCUGAUUUGGUUGUCUUCUUUGCUAAAUGCACUAUAUACAAUGUCAUUCCAUUCUUCUGGGCAAAUUUUGUUAAACUCUGAUACAGAAAUGGAUCUCAUAGAGAACCUUCAAAAAAUACCUCUUAUUCCCCUUUCAGAUGGUACGUACAGUUCCGUGGAUGAAGGUACAAUCUGGUUACAAUCUGAUGCUGUAAGCACGGGGUUUGAUGUUGAGCAUGGACCUGAAGCUUUCCCAAAUUUAUUCACUAAACUUCGGACUGUAUGCCCUACCCUGCUUUCUGCAUCAACUGUUGAUACCUCUUGUGUGGACACGAGUUUGAUAGACAAUAUAACCAAGAUGCUUCAUAGAAUUGGUGUCCAGCGGUUGUCUGCUCAUGAAAUUAUGAAGCUGCACAUCUUGCCAGCUGUAUCUGAUGACAGAAUUGUAAAUAGGGACACAAAUUUGAUGACGGAGUAUCUGUGCUUUGUAAUGAUCCACCUACAGUCUAGCUGCCCUGAUUGUCGUGUCGAGAGGGAAUACAUAAUCUCUGAAUUACGAAAUAAAGCUUUCAUUUUAACAAAUCAUGGUUUUAAACGACCUGUUGAGGUGUCGAUUCAUUUUAGUAAAGAAUAUGGAAAUCCAGUCCAUGUUAAUAAGUUGAUCAAUGUUGUAGAUAUGAAAUGGCAUGAGGUUGACACCACAUACUUGAGGCAUCCAGUUAGUAAAUCACUCUCAUGUGGAGUAAUGAAAUGGAGGGAGUUCUUCCAGGAAAUAGGCAUUAUGGAUUUUGUGCAAAUACUUCAGGUUGAUAAGACUCUUGCUGAUCUAUCUCCUACCAUUUUUAGGAAUCUAAUGUGGGAAAAAGAUCUGAUUUCCCCUGAAUCGAUUGUCAAAGAUUGGGAAUCCCAUGAAUUGGUCCAUUUAAUAUCCCUAUUGUCCAAAAAUGGCAUGCGGCAAAGUUGUAUAUAUCUGUUGGAGGUUUUGGAUACACUAUGGGAUGGUUGUUUUAGUGACAAAGCUACAGGUUACUGCAACCCUAAAUCUGGUGGAGAUAGCAAACUCUUCAAGUCUUCAUUCAUGAGCAGCAUUUGUGAUGUCCAGUGGGUAGUGUCUAGCAUGGAUGAUGAGCUUCACUAUCCUAAAGAUUUAUUUUAUGAUUGUGAUGAAGUACGCUUCGUUCUGGGUGCCUCUGCUCCAUAUGCUGUCCCAAAGGUGAGAAAUGGAAAAUUAGUAAGUGACAUUGGGUUUAAGAUUAAAGUUACCAUUGAUGACGUUUUGGAAACUCUGAAAGUAUGGAGAAGAUCUAAGACACCUUUCAAGGCCAGCAUAUCUCAAAUGUCAAAAUUGUACACAUUCAUUUGGAAUGGAAUGGCUAUUUCAAACCAGAAGAUCACAGAGGAGUUACAUUCAGGGCCUUUUAUAUUUGUUCCAUAUGCAUCUGGCUCUAGGCUUGAUGAUGUGGUACCUGGUACAUUCUUGUCUCCCGAAGAAGUCUGUUGGCAUGAUUCAACUGGUUCUCUGAACCAAAUGGAGGAGAUUCAUUCUCAGUGCAGUUCAACAGGAGCGUCUUAUCGCCCCUUACUCAAGACGCUGAACAAUAUUUAUCCAGGCCUUCAUCACUUUUUCAUUGACAACUGCGGAGUAGUAGAGACCCCUCUUCUCCGUAGCUAUCUAAAGAUUUUACUGCAGUUAUCUGCUGUCGCUUUGCCUUCACAAGCAGCUAAUGCAGUUUUCCAAGUUUUUCUUAAGUGGAGUGAUGGACUGAACUCUGGACUCUUAAGACCUGAAGAUGUCAUUUACUUGAAAGAAUGUCUUUCGAAAUCGGAAUUUAUAGUGCUCCCAACAGAACAAGAUCAAUGGGUUUCUCUACACCCUUCCUUUGGCCUUGUGUGUUGGUGUGAUGAUAGGAAGUUGAGGAAGCAAUUUAAGCAUUUUGAUAACAUUAGUUUUCUGUACUUCGGCGAACUUAGUGAGGAUGAAAAACAGAUACUUCAAACAAAAAUUGCCACCCUCAUGCAGACCUUAGGGAUUCCUGCUCUCUCAGAGGUUGUAACUCGUGAAGCAAUAUAUUAUGGUCUUGCUGACUGUAGCUUUAAUGCUUCAUUGGUGGGAUGGGCUCUUCCUUAUGCUCAGCGCUACUUCUGUAGUGUACACCCUGAUAAAUAUAUUCAACUCAAGCAGUCUGGAUUUGAUAUUCUGGAUCGUCUACAAGUCAUUGUUGUUGAAAAGCUAUACUACAGGAAUGUCAUAAAUUGUUGUGGUGGUGCAUCUAAGAAGCGAAUUGAAUGUAGCUGUCUUCUGCAGGGUGACAUUUUGUACACAACCCAAGGAUCUGAUUCUCAUGCCAUAUUUUUGGAACUGUCACGAUUGUUAUUCGAUGGAACUCCCAAUUUACACUUGGCAAAUUUCCUUCACAUGAUCACAACCAUGGCCGAAUCAGGUUCCACUGAGGAGCAGACAGAGUUUUUCAUUUUGAAUAGUCAAAAGAUGCCUAAGCUUCCUGAUGAAGAAUCUGUUUGGUCCCUCUCGUCCGUACCUCCAUCGAGAAAGAAUGAUCAUUCGCUCCAGACAAAUAUUGAUUCAACCAUAAUAGAUGACAAAUGUUAUUCGAAGUUGAAAAAGAAAGCAAGAAAUAACCCAAACUGGCCACCUGUGGAUUGGAAAAAUGCACCAGGUUUUUGUUAUGCUCGUGCAAAUGGUUACAACACACAGGCAACAACUGUACAACCUAGGAGCAGCCCACAAAAGGAGUCUGAAGGCAGUGUCAUGCAAACUGAUAAUGUUGUUCUGAUCUCAGAUGAUGAUGAUUUCACCAUUGAACAUGACUCAGCAGGAGCUUCAGCGGUUUUAUUUUUGUCAGACAAUGACAAUUUGGAAGACCAGUCUGGCCAUGCUCAUAAUCAGACAGAUUCUGGAGUAAAUGUUGAAUUUGAUCCAGUUGAUUUAGAUAUUAUGUCCAAUAGCCCUGACUUGGGUUCAUCUAAUUUUUCCAAGAGAGAUCGACUCAGAUUUGGCACACCCAAUGCAACACGAACCACACAAACAGGGAGGCUGGGUGAGUUUUACGCAUAUAAAUAUAUUACUGGGAAAGUUGGUAAUACAGUUGUGAAGUGGGUUAAUGAAGAUAAGGAAACUGGAUUACCCUACGACAUUUUUGUAGGGGAGGGGAGUAGUACAGAGUACAUUGAAGUUAAAGCGACCGUAUCUCAGAGAAAAGACUGGUUCCAUAUAUCAACCAGAGAGUGGCAAUUUGCAGUGGAUAAAGGCGAUUCAUUCAGCAUUGCGCACGUUGUAUUAUUAGGUAAUAAUGUUGCCAGGGUAUCAUUAUUCAAGAAUCCAGUGAAGUUAUGUCAGCAAGGCAAGCUGCGAUUGGUUUGUAUGCUGCCAGUGGGGCAUAAUGAAUCCUCCAUGGUCUCCCAAGAGGCAUCACCGUCUGUUGACUUUGCAUCUGGGGGAUUGACUCCAGUCUUAGCCAAUCUAUGACUGCCUCUGCCUUCCUGGAUAACACACUGAAAUAACACAGAUUUUGUCCAUGCCAAAAUCAUUCUCUUCAUGCAUGGGAAAAUUAUUUAUCAUGUCAUUUCAAAUUUCCGCUCCAACAAGGGAAAGCAUGUGCUAGAAGAAUCCUAGGUUUUUAAGCUCAAAAUAGUGGUAGAAAUGAAGGGUGCUAACAUCGUAUCAUCUUUCAUAAAUUUUUGUAUGUAGUAUAGAUGAAAGUUUUGUCACCGGCAGCAAUGUAUUUGCUGUUCGCAUAAAUUAAUUAUCUUUUGUUAUUCUUGAUUUGCGGGUGAUUGCUUAAGUAGUUGCCCAUGAAUUCUUGUGCAGAAUAUGAGCAAAUAGUUCCAUUAAUAAAAGAUAAAAAGAGAAUUAACA